UAUCAAUGUUCACGCGAUAUUGCAAUUGACGAACAUAGAAGUGAAAGUGAAUGUGUAAUUUUGAAGGGCAGUUGAUUAAUAAAGUAGUUUUGACUUCUAAAAUACUGUUAUAAGAUGCUUAGUCUGCCAUCACGACUUUUGUGUCAACAAGCGCGUCAGUUGCGAGGUAAACAAGCCAUUCUAAGCAGUACAAUCCAACAACUCCAGCAGAGAGAACAGUUUAACACAACAAUGGAUAAGUUUGGAUUGCCGAAACGCUUGCAGGGUAGUAAGCCCAGUGUUUGGAAUGAGUACAUUGCAUUGGCCAUGCAGUACAAGCCCCUAAAUUUAGGGCAAGGAUUUCCUGACGAGCUGCCACCCUCCUAUGUCACAGACGCAUUGGCGGAUAUAGCGAAGAGCGACAAUCCCAUGCUGCAGCAGUAUACACGUGGUUAUGGUCAUGUUAGACUCGUUCAAGCUCUAAGCAAGCUUUAUUCAAAAUUAGUUGCACAUGAACUUAAUCCACUUAGUGACAUUUUAAUCACUUCGGGCGCUUACGAAGCACUCUAUUCGGCAAUAAUGGGGCAUGUAGAUGUUGGCGAUGAAGUGAUAAUCAUUGAACCAUUCUUUGACUGUUAUGAGCCAAUGGUGAAAAUGGCGGGCGGUGUGCCACGCUUUAUAGCCCUAAAACCGAACAAAUCGAAUGGUACUAUGAGCUCGGCUGAUUGGGUACUAGACGAUGCCGAACUUGAGCAACUAUUCAAUAACAAGACCAAGAUGAUUAUAUUGAACACACCUCACAAUCCUAUCGGCAAGGUAUUUCAUAGAGAGGAAUUAGAACGUAUUGCUGCUCUGUGCCGCAAGUGGAACGUUUUGUGUCUCUCCGAUGAGGUCUACGAAUGGAUGGUAUAUGAUGAUGCGAAACACAUUCGCAUUUGCACUUUGCCUGGCAUGUGGGAACGUACUAUUACAAUUGGAUCGGCCGGCAAGACAUUUUCGGUAACUGGCUGGAAAAUUGGUUGGGCUUAUGGGCCAGCCAAUCUUAUAACCAAUUUGCAAAUGGUGCAUCAAAACUCAGUGUAUACAUGCCCAACUCCAAUACAAGAGGCGGUGGCACGUGCCUUUGAAUUGGAACUAGAGCGACUGGACUCUUCAGAAUGUUAUUUUAAUAGUUUGCCACAGGAAUUGAAGGUCAAACGUGAUUUUAUGGUGAAAUUUUUAGAGCAUGCGGGCUUGAAACCUACCGUGCCCGAGGGUGGUUAUUUCAUGUUGGCCGAUUGGAGUUCAUUGGGCAAUAAAAUCGAUUUAACUUCUGAGACCGACCAAUAUCUUGACUAUAAAUUCACUAAGUGGAUGACGAAAAAUAUGGGUCUACAAGGCAUUCCGCCAAGUGCUUUCUAUGGCGAAGAACAUAAAAAACUUGGUGAAAAUUUUGUGCGUUACUGUUUUAUCAAAAAGCAGGAAAACUUGGAAAAGGCGGCUGAUCUACUUGCGAAAUGGAAGUCGUAAAUAAGUUGCGCAUAAAUUUCAAGAUGUUAGGUGUUUGGGAAAUUAAAUUUUACAACCUAUUAACAAAGAAUUUAACAAACUAUACAUUGUGAUAGUGAUUGUUAGACAAAUGUAUGUACAUAUAUUAAUCACUUAUGAACGAAGGCAAUAAUAACCAUGUGGAGUUUUUAUAUUUUAAUAUACGCAAAUUCGAAAUCACGAAGAA